CUCGUGAUAAGAAAAAUUUAUCUGGCGGCGACUGUAUAAAAGGACCUCGAAAAAUGUAGCCUAUCAGUAAAGAAAGAGUGUCAACGUGUCGUCGAGAAUUGUAUCUAAUAAAAGUUUGAAAAAAUGAAAGCCAUCAUCAAUAUCCUCCUCGUCUCUUCGAUCGUUUAUGUCUAUGGCGCUCCUUUCGACAAAUCAGAAUGGCUUUCCGCGAUCAGAAAACUCAAAAGAGAACAAAACCUCGAGGAAGAAAAUCCACUCACGUGGCUGCACCAUUCGAAUAUGGAAAAAAGUGCGUCGAACUUUGACUACCUGCAAUGGCUUUUUCGAAACUCGAAACAUCGUGACGCGAAACACGGCAAUAAAAAGCAUGAAAAACAUUCCAUUCCCUUAAACCUACUACAUACAAAAAGUAAGUCUGAUUCAUCUGACAGAUCCGAUUCCGAACAAAGCGAACUGAUGUUAUUUAGGAAGAAGGACACCCGACAGAAAAAUUCAAACGAGGAAGAAUCUACGGAGAAAAAGUCCGCCGAACUGAGUAUUCGUAAAAGGAGCUCCGACGAAGAAUAUUCUCACGAACAAGACUCUCAUAAGCGGAAAUCUGAUGGAAAUCGUUUUCGUAAAAAGGAUCAUCGCGAAAAAAGUUCUUCCGGAUCGUGGAGUUCAACGGAUGAAAGCGAUUCCUCCGACUCGAAUUCUGUCAGUUCCUCUGACAAAUCUAAUAAGAAACACCAGAAACGCCGUGAAUCUAAUUCCACGGAUAGAAAAAAGAAAGAUGAUUGGCAGGGAAAUGACAGUGAUAAAAGUUCAAGUUCCAGUUCUUCGUCAGAGUCUAGCAGCGAUUCGUCUUCUAGCGAAGAAGAUUUCAAGGAAUAUUUAAAAAAAUCAUUAAAUGAAAAGGAAAACUACAAAGAAAUAAAACAUAUACUCAAACAUUAUAAAACGAACGUUCAAUACAGGAAACUGUACGAAUGGAACAAACGUAGGUAUUUGGAAUGGAAGAGAAAGAUAGACCUGAAGAAGAAAAUAAUAAAAGCAAAGAAAGAUUUACAUACAGAUAAAUUAAUGAGCAUUUGUAAUAUAUUAGAAGAUAGCGAUCAGCAUGAAGAGCAAAUAAGGAAAUGUCUAAGAGAUUAUUUGUCUACGAAAGAUGAAUUUAAUUUUGUAACAGAUCUAUCGUUGAUUCAUCUCCUAUCGUCUGACGAGAAUAAAGUUAAUAAGUCUGUAGAGAUAGAAAAUGAAGGUGGUUUUGAAGUAAGAAUUUUAAUUGAAGAUAAUUCACAACCUGGUGAAGACUCGAAACAAACUAAAACUGUGAUUAAAACGAUUGAUAAAGUAAUCAAUGGCGGAGGAACUUGGAAAGAAACAGAAACUGUUAACGCGGAUGAUGAGCAAGCUGUUGACGAAGACAAUGAUUCCGAUAAGGAAGAGAAAUUACCCGGUAAAGACAAGACAAACACAGCUGAAGCAACUGGUAACGGACAAACUACAAACUCUAUUUUUCGACAACAUAAAGUUAUUUCACCGGGUGGACUGGAAGUAGCGAUAGAAUCUAGUUCAAACUCAGGAUCAGUUGUAGUCGAAGGAGGAAUUAGUGUUUCGGGCAACACCGAGACAGGAAACGCGAACGCUGGAAAUUCCAAGGAUGCUGCGAACGAACCAAGGGACUCGAACGCUCAUGAAUCUGCAACGUCAAAAUCCCAAAAGACAACUCAAUCAGCUUCACAAAGCGAAGCUUCUAGAGAAUCAGAAAAUCAACGUACAACAGAACCUUCCAGUUCUAAAUCAGAAACAGCUAUUAAUGACGCUCCAUCCAGCAAUGAUCGUGCUACGGUUAGACCAAAUAACUCUUUAGGUGAGAGUUCACCAUCUAGCGGUGGUGCCAGCGGAUCGGAGGAUUCGAGUAUUAACGAAUCAUCGACUGUGGCAUCUCGACAAACAACUUUAGUGGCUCAACAAACAGCGUCACGAGGUCAACAGGCGACUUCUCAAUUAGCUUCACAAACUGGAGCUCCCAGGGCCUCGGAAAAUGAGCAGACAACUGAAGCUUCUAGCUCCAAAUCUGAAACAGUUAUCGGUGAUAAUUCAGCCAGCGAUGAUAAUAAUACGGAUAAACCAAACGACGCUUCGGAUAAGAACGCAGCAACCGGCAGUGACGCAAGUGAAUCGAAAAAAUCAACUUCGCAAACUGGACCGCCGUCUGGAGCAUCGAACAACGCUUCGAACGAAGAAUCUACCACUGAUGCUGGCGAAUCGGGAGAUUCGAGUGUUAGUCGAUCAACGACAUCGGGAGAAGUAACAUCGGUAUCUCGAACAAAAGAUUCUGAAGUAACACAAGAACAGGCUAUCGAAUCGUCAACUGUCAAACCAGUUAACAAUGGCAGCGUCAUGGCCGAAACAGGCAACGGUACAGAUAACGGUGAAACAUCCACCGAUACCAACAAACAGGCAGAUGCUAGUGCUAGCGAAUCUAGUAUAUUGAGGAACGAAGAAAUACGAACGUCUGCGACUCGGAGCGUAGAUUCUUGGACCACGAUGACAUCAUUGCUGGAAACUUCAAGUACCAAAUCAGAAACUACUACUACCAAUGGCAGCGUCAAUGUUUUGAGUAACGUAGAUGACAGUGGUAAACCUACUGACAGUGCAGAUGCACAAACAGAUUCAAAUACCAGUGAAUCUUCAACAUCGAAGGCUAAAGAAACGACAUCACCUGCUUCUCAAACAGAAAAUUCCGAAGCAUCGACUUUGAAGCUGAAAACUACUCCUAGCGACGAUAGUGCUGAUGUAUCGAAUAAUGUAGAUGUUACAACUGGUACAAACGAUGUUUCAAAUAAGAGUGGAAGAUCCACUGGCAGUAGAGGCGAUCAUGCUACAGCGUCGAACAACGAGCAAACAACAUCUUCGCAACCUGAAACUUCUAACGUUACAGAUGGACAGCAGGAGAUCGAAACAUCGAACCAGGAGUCGGAAAUAACUCGUGCAAUUACCAAUGGUAAUGAAACGAGUGCAAACAGUUCCAAUGAGCAAACGAAGCCAAGUGCCAGCGAGUCUUCAACGUCAGAUACAGAAGCAGCUUCUGUUUCUCAAGCUGGAGGAAGUUCUAGUGCGACACAGACAGUACAGGUGACUAAAACAUGGAACUCCGAUUCGGAAACGACGAGUAAUGUGGAAAAUACAAAUGACGCAAAUGGUACUUGGGACAAUAGCGGAAGAUCAACUAGCAGUUCUAAUCGACAAACAGAUUCAAACGAUGAUGGAUCCAUCGCAACGGAAAGCGAAGAAACAACAGCGGCUAGUUCUCAAGCCAAUGGUUCAACUGUAACAGGAGAAGAACAAGGCAGUGAAACAUCAAGUACACAAGCGGAAAUUAAUCUUAGUAACGACAGUGCCAACGCUAUUACCGUUACUGGCAAAAAUCCCAACGUUAUCACUGUGACUAAUGACAGUGCCAACACAAGUUCGGACAGCGAUGAUUUAAUCGCGAGUACUAGUCGACAAACAGAUUCAGAUGCUCAAACAACAAAUUCGAACGAUAGUAAGUCUGCCACGAUAAGCGCACAGAGAAUAUCUUCAUCUCAAACUGACGAAUCUAUCGCAAAUGGAACAGAACGAUCGACUGAAACAGCGGAUACUCGGACAGUUUCUACCGUCGAAUCUUCUAGCACAUUAGAUGGUUCGAACAUUACGAUUAUUGUUAUUGAUGGUACGGAGAACAAUGGAACAUUUGCCAGCGUUGAUAGCGAAACAGCAAAUUCUAAUAGCAGUGAAUCAGUAACCGCAAGAGGAGAAAGCGAAACUUCUACCGAUUCGGAUGGAGGACUUGCAACUGAAGAAUCAUCUUUAAAGCCAGGAACUACCCAAACUGAUCAUAGCAUUAAUACAUCGAGCAACAUAGGUGAAACAACUGAAACGGAGACAACUCUAAGUAACGAAGAAACGUCUACCGAUGAAAGUAAUGGACAAACAGACUCAACUGUUACCGAAUCCACGACCGAAGAAAACGCACGAACAUCGGUAUCUUCCUCUCAAACUGAAACGUCCAGUGGUCAAUCCGAAACAGAACAGUCGGCUGAGGCACCCGGUGCUCGAACUGAAACAGUUGCUACCGAUGAACCUAUCAAUACAUCAAGCGAUUUGAACACUACGAUUGUUGUUAACGAUGGUACAGAUAGCGAAACAUCAACCGCUGCUAAUAGUGGAACAUCAAGGAGCACCAAUAGCGAAAAAACGGAGUCCAGCGCUAGCGAAUCAACAGGUUCUGCUGCUAAUGAAUCGACAACAACAGGAGGAGAAAUAAAUACAACUUCUCCAAGAAGCGGAACUUCUACUGCGGCAGGUACAGAAGUUGCGACUGAAGAAUCAUCUUCGGUAUCAGAAACAACGAUAGCUGAUAGUAACGUUAAUGCAUCGAGCAGUAAUCACGUGGUAACAGGUGGAACAGACGCUACUGUAAAUAACGAAGAAACGUCCACCGACGAAAACGAUGGGCAGACAGAUUCGAGCACUACCGAAUCCACAACUUUGCAAAGCGCACGAACAACUUUGUCUCCCUCCCAAACUGAAGAGUCUAGCGUAUCUGAAAUAGAGCAAUCGACUGAAACGUGGAGCGUUCAAUCCAAAAGAGUUCCUACUAAUAAUAGUAUCGAUAAUAUGUAUAGUAGUAGUAGUACUAGCAGUGGUAUUUCGGAAAUUAACGAAAAAUCAACGACCAGUGCCAGCAAAAUAGAUUCAAGUCCUAGCGAAGCUACAACUUGGGAAAAUACUCAAACAGAACCAUCCAUCGUCCAAACCACCGAUACCGUUACAAAAGUGGCAUCGACAACUCAAUUGCAAACUCUGCAACUAGAAAUCAUUCUCACUGAUGUCAAUGGCACUGUAUCGGAUUCUUACAUAGUUAUACUUGAUAAAAACAGUGAUAAUACAGACAAUAUCUUGGAUAUUAUUAAUAGAUUACCUAACAGUAGCAGCAAACAAAUAAAUUCAAGAGUUAAUAAGUCUGCCACUUUAGGAGAUGCGGAAAUAUAUAACACACUCGCUUCAGAAGCAGUCCCAUCGGUUCAACCAAAUACCAAUGCAAAACCGGAAUCUCCUAUAGUAGGAAUAAAUUAGAAAUGAUUAGUAGAAGUGAAGAACUAUGUACGUCGAACCGACGUGUGGUAAAAUUGUAUUAUUAUUCAUUAAAAGUUACUUGGGAUCUUUCGUCGAAUAAUUUACUAAUUAACAAUAUCGGUGAAUCGAUAAAGAACUAGUUACAGGUUACAGUCUUGCCUUUUGUAAUUUCAUGAUUUUACGUACAAUUAUCCUCGAACAGGGUAGUCAGAUAAUUUCUAAUUUGAAGAUUUAUUUGGAAAGAUUUCAUUUGUUUUAUUAUCAAACUUGUUCCUUGUGUAAGAGAGUCAACUUGUGGAUUAUGCGAAACAUCUAUUGGUAGGUAAUAAUGAUUUAUAUAAAUACAUAGAGAGAUCUAAGAGAUAAAAGGAAUUUACUAACGUUUUUAACUGGCAACUUGUGACUUGCAAAAUUUUUCUAAUAAUAUUGGCUGAACUCUGUGCAAAAGAUCCCUGAUAGAAUGACAUAAACAUUCCCUAAACGUUAAUUUCUAUCUUUAAUAAUACAGAACCAUU